CUCCAAGCUCUCCAACCUCAUCGACUUUUCCCGCGACUGCCAUUGCGCACCACCCCGACGUCCAUCACUCCUGCCACGAACACAAACGCAGCGUCUCUCCCCGCGCUCCGUUCACACACCCACACAAUGGCCCCUCUCACAGACUCAGCGGUCUCUGACCUCCAGAGCACCGUCUCCAGGCUCGAGAAGCGCAUUGCGGAGCUCGAGACCAGGCUGCAGGGCCAGGUUGGCAUUGCGGAUCAGGCACAGGAGAGCGUCAGGAUGAUUCUGAUCGGGCCGCCCGGUGCCGGCAAGGGCACACAAGCGCCGCGCAUCAAGGACAAGUUCUGCGCAUGCCACCUUGCUACUGGAGACAUGCUCCGCGCCCAGGUUGCCGCGAAGACAACGCUCGGUCGCGAGGCCAAGAAGAUCAUGGACGCCGGAGGUCUCGUCAGCGACGAGAUCAUGAUCAACAUGAUCAAGACUGAGCUCGAGACCAACCAGGAGUGCAAGAACGGCUUCAUUCUUGACGGCUUCCCACGAACAGUCGUCCAGGCCGAGAAGCUCGACGGCAUGCUUCAAGCUACCAAGAAGCCUCUCCAGCACGCUAUUGAGCUCCAAAUCGACGACUCGCUCCUCGUCUCGCGUAUCACUGGCCGUCUCGUCCACCCCGCGUCUGGCCGCUCAUACCACAAGAUCUUCAACCCUCCCAAGAACGCCAUGACCGACGACAUCACUGGUGAGCCGCUCGUACAGCGCUCCGACGACAACGCAGACGCACUCAAGAAGCGUCUUGUCACAUAUCACACCCAGACCGCACCUGUCGUCGGCUACUACCAGAAGACUGGCAUCUGGAAGCCGAUCGAUGCGAGCCAAGAGCCUGGCCAGGUCUGGAAGAGCUUGCUCAAGGUCUUCGACAACAAGGCCUACGUCGCUGGUCAAAGCGGCAGCUUGUUGAACAAGAUCGGUCUCAAGAACUAGAUUGCGUGAAAGCAGGUUUGUGAGGAUGAAACAAUGUGGGAGCGAGCAACCAGCAGCAGCGCGAAUUACAACCAAGGGUGUCCGCCGGUCAUGUUGGAGUAAGGGAAAAGCCGACCUCCAUAUGCAUUAGCAUGGUGGAUGCACAUGAUAGAACGAGACUUCGGCGUCUUUGUACUUGUAAGGACCGAUCUUUUGGAUCUACCGCGGGUGCAUCGGGAAGGAAGUUGUGUCUCUCUCUUGUAUGUAUUACUCUGUGCGGUCUGGUCAAGAUUCCUCGAGACUAGAGCGCUUGGAAUUCAGGAAAUAUAUAUGCACUUCACUACCU